AUACUGAGGCCACAGCCUUGUUGAAUAAAAGCCGCCUUCAUUCCCUGCUUCUGACUAAUAACCCUUUCCCUCUCUGUUUUAACGGGUCUGUUGUUGUUUUUUAUGUAGGCUAUAUAUUCUUUCGUGUCUGCCAAGGUCAAUCAGGGAGGCGCAACUACAGAUCAGCGUCUGGAGAGGCUGCUCAGUUUUCUCCUGGAGUAAAACAGUUUGUAAAGGCAACAGAAAAAGGUCCCAGACCAGGAUCAGUUGGAGUAAACACAGAGAGAGCAGAAACAGGCUGGAUUGGGGGAACUCUGCACAUAAAGAUCAACUUCAGUGUAGAGAUCUUAUCCCUGAAACUAUGGAUAAUUCGUCUGAAGACUAUGGAAACUACAUCUAUGAAUAUGAUGAGUACAGCGAUUUGGAGAAAGUGGAUCAUAGUCAGACAGCGGCAAUCCACAUCAUCUCUGUAGUCAUCUACAUCAUUUGCAUCAUUCUUGGCCUGGUCGGAAACGGAGCCGUCAUUUGGGUGACGGGGUUUAAGAGCAAGAAAACUGUCAAUAGCGUUUGGUUGCUCCAUCUGGCCAUCGCGGACUUUGUGUUUGUCCUUUUCCUGCCCUUCUACAUCGACUACAUUUUGAGGGACUUCCAUUGGAACUUUGGUCUUGUCAUGUGUAAACUGAACUCUUAUGUUUGCGUGUUGAACAUGUACGCCAGUGUCCUCUUCCUCACAGUGCUCAGCGUGGACAGAUACGUCUCUUUGGCGCACCUGAGCUGGUGUCAGAGGUACCGCACGCGAAAAAAUGCUUGGAUUCUGUGCAGCUGUAUUUGGGUGGCAGUUGCCCUGCUGAGCUGCUACAUGCUAGUCUUUCGAGAAAUUACACAAUUCAGUGGUAAAGUGGUGUGCUACAUGAAUUAUCAUGGAACACAAUAUACACACACAGGUGCUAUGAAUCACAUUAUAGUAGUGUCAAUCCGUACCUCUGUGGGCUUUCUUUUGCCGUUUACUGCUAUAUUUGUGACAGGCAUACUUCUGUUGAUGAAGGUGAGGCAAUCACAGGGUGUUGUUCGCAUUUCGAGGUUCUCAAGAACAGUUUCAGCUCUUACUCUGGCCUUCUUUCUCUGCUGGGCACCAUUUCAUAUUUUCAGCUUGAUGGAGUUGUCUAUAUACAACUCCAGCUUAAUGCACAGUGUUUUGAAGGCUGGCUUCCCACUUGCCACCAGCUUAGGCUUCUUCAACAGCUGCAUUAACCCGUUGCUGUAUGUGCUGCUAACCAAAAAGGUGCGCAGCAUUCUCAAGGAUGCAUGUCUGAACAUCACUAAGAGUUCGCUGAGGGAGCUGAACCAGUCCAUCUCUGCCACGGAAGUGGAGGUGGAGAUCACGCCUGGAGUCCAUCUGGACAUGAUCCAAGACAAAAGUGGUGUUUCAUCUAUAUAAAUGCAUGCUGCUCUUCUUUCUCAUAAUAUCUAACUCUUUCUAUUUUUCUUCUUUUUUUUAACAUAGUUGUGCCCACUUCAACUUGAAAUUCUUCCUGGUGGAAAAACUAACAAGCUGAGCUCAAGAUGCACAUGAACUAAAGUUUCCCUCCGCUUAUUUUAUAGCAACAGAUGGAGGCCACACUCACAGCUGUAACUUUUGUAAAGGUUUCAAAGAAAAUUGUUGCACAAGUUUUCCAACUAAUGUUCUACUUGCAACAAACAACUGGCUCCUUUUAUUUUUUUUUAGAGUCUCUGUAUCUGUGUGUAGGACUGUUUCUAACAUGCUAUGAAAUAUUUAAAUCAUUAGUGUCUUGCAAAAAUGUAUCUAUAUAAACAUUUUUGCUAUAUAAACUGCUCCAUGCAAAAAAUUGCUUGUUAAAUGUGACAAAUACUAAGGUAAAUGUUUGCAAAAAGAGAUAUAAAUAUAGCAUUUCCUUUCUUGGAAUUUUAACAUUUAUAGAGAAGAAAAAAAGGAUUGAAGCUCUAAUUUAAAAAUGGACUAUCUUUAUGUCAUGAAAUUUAAUGCAAAUUUCGCUUUAAAGCUCUAUUACCUUUAUGUUUAAAGCUGUUUAGUUCUACGUCUGCUAUACUCAUAAAGCUAGAAAGAGGGGACUAAGAAGCCACACAUGGCGCAAGAGCAUUAGGUUGGAUUAGGGCAUAUUAAAUGAAAUGGAGGGAAAAUUGUGAACAGUUUUACCCCUGAUUGGGAAUCACUGCCUUAAGGGAACAAAGUUUUGCCAUUUUUUUUUUCAGGUAUGACCGGUU